CUCCUCUCGUCUGGCAGUCAUGGCGCGCGGCAAGCUGCCCACCGGCCCGUCCAAGCUCUCCAAGGUGCUCGAGCACCUCAAAGCGGCCCCGCGCCUCCAGCUGUCUGGUGUCUCCCGUAUCUCGCUCGUGCAUGCCUACCGGAACGAUCACUGGGGCGCCCGCCUCUUCACCGAGCGCGACCUCCCCCGCAUCCGGUAUGCGAACGACGCGCUCCGCAUCGAGGUCGAGCGCCAUGGGAAGGCGAAGAACGAGUUCUGGCGCCCGCAAAUGACGGUCGAGCUUGAAAACGGCACGACACAGACGCUCGAGCUUUCGAAAAAGUCUGCUAGCGACAUUCUUUCCGAGCUCAUGUCCCUUGCCGGUGGGCCUGCGUGGACUAAGUGGGUAGAGGAAUGCCAGGAAGCCGGCCGGGAACCCAUACAACCCGACACUGCGGACGAGAAGGCCAUUACCUGGUCCUCUCGCUCGUCCAGCGAGUCCACCUCCGUCCCUCCUUACGACGUCUUCUCCAAGCAGCACGAAGCAGACUCCGCCCGCCGCGCCGAGGAGGCGAAGCGCCAGAAGGAGGAGGCUACGCGAAACGCUGCUUUGAAUGCAGCGCCAACCCCUGCUGCUUCCGCACCUCCACCGGCAUAGUUGCUCAACGGCUUCAUGUCCUCCCCCACUUAUAUACACUCUAAUUGCAUUGCAUGUCCAUCACGUCUCCAUCUUCGACGGACCGCUCGUCUGAAUUACUUCAAGACUUAACAUCCUGCGUUUGACUCAA